AUGGACAUCACCAUCCAGCACCCCUGGUUCAAGCGGGCCCUGGGACCCUUCUACCCCAGCCGGCUGUUCGACCAGUUCUUCGGUGAGGGCCUUUUUGAGUACGACCUGCUGCCCUUCCUGUCGUCCACCAUCAGCCCCUACUACCGCCAGUCUCUCUUCCGCACCGUGCUGGACUCCGGCAUCUCCGAGCUCAUGACCCGUAUGUGGUCGGUCAUGCACCGGCCACGUGCUGGAGGCCCCAAGAGCAACCCUGGCAAGGCAAUCCUCGGGGCGUCCCACACGAGGGUCUGGUUUCAGGUGCGGUCUGACCGGGACAAGUUUGUCAUCUUCCUGGACGUGAAGCACUUCUCGCCCGAGGACCUCACCGUGAAGGUGCAGGAGGACUUCGUGGAGAUCCACGGCAAGCACAGCGAGAGGCAGGACGACCACGGCUACAUCUCCCGUGAGUUCCACCGGCGCUACCGCCUGCCCUCCAACGUGGACCAGUCGGCGCUGUCCUGCUCGCUGUCCGCCGACGGCAUGCUCACCUUCUCCGGCCCCAAGGUGCAGUCGGGCCUGGACGCUGGCCACAGCGAGCGAGCCAUCCCCGUGUCCCGGGAGGAGAAGCCCAGCUCGGCGCCCUCCUCCUGA